GUAGAUAUGGGAGAGGAUACACUGACUAUCGUCUGCUCCUUAAGCAAUCCAUCACAGGUCAAGUCGUUGUUUUUUAUAGAACUGCAGAGGAACACAUCCGUCUCCUUUGAAAAAGUUGUUUCUAUUACUUUGAAUUUGGACAAUGUUCAAGAAGAAAUAAAUUAUCAAGACUUAUCUCUACAAGGCAGGACAACAGCAACAGGGACUCUUAAACCACCUUCUACAGCAGAACUCAGAUUAACUUUUACAAAAGAAAACGUGAGGUGUCCGGAGGAUUUCAAAGAAUACAGGUGUAAAAUGAGUGCGGUGGAUAGUAGUUCAAAUGCAAUUCCUGAACAAGACGCUGUAUCAAAUCCAGUAGAAAUUUCAUAUAGAGUUCAGCCAAAACUGAUUGAGAGGCCCAGGGUGAGGAUACUUGGACAACAGUUUGACACCAUUGAAAGACAGUUUGAAGUAGGAACAGCUUUACAGUUAACUUGUACAGGACAGAUAGGCAGUGAUCCUAGUGCUAUGAUACGUUGGUGUGCCAAGACUGCUGUAGCACAAUCCUUCACAGGGUUACCACAGACACCACUCCACUCCCAGUCCUCACCAUCAGGCUGUCAGUACACCCGUUCUAGUACUAUCACCUACAACCUUACAAGCAGUGACACCUAUACACAGUUUCUGUGUGAGUCUGGACACUCUGGUCUCUGUGGAACAGGAACAGCCAGACAGUAUGUUAACAUAACCUUAGGAAGUCCAGGGUUACAGCAGAGUGAAUCCAAUGCAUGUUCUACAGAGUUACCUGCUCUUAUUCCCGUACUUGGGUCAACCUCAACAAUAUUAUUUAUCCUCUGUGUGGGACUUGUAAUCUUCAUCUUAGUCCUAAAGCACGAUAUUAAAAAUGGCAUGUGCUGUUUCCAGAGAUCAGAAAAUAAAGAAUACGCCAUGCAUGACGUCACUAGGGUCGAUGAACAUCACUAUCAGGAUCUUGAUGCAAACCAAUAAAGUGAAUAUUAAGAUAUUUCGUAAAAUUUGGAUAAAUGUCUGAAAUCCAUAGAGGACAUUUAAAAACGAAUGAAUGAGACCGAUCAUCUGGACACUUCGAAGAACAACUCAGAGACGAGACUAAGUAGAUAUUAUAUGUACGUAGUUGUGAAAAUAUCAUAAGAAAAACUCAGAGACGAGACUAAGAGGAGAUUGUAUGAAGU